AUGUUUUCCAAGCCUUUCAAGCCCUUGACUAUUCAUAAACCUGUUGCCGAUGGCGAAAUCCCUGAUCAGAGGAUACCUCCUGCCAAGCGGAGGAAGCUGAGUCCUCCUGAUCAUCAAGAAGCGACGACACUAUCCAAUCAGGGUGAAAGACAACCCCUCAGGUCCAUCGCCAACCCUCCGAGUCCUGUUCUGAUCCAGAGAGGGAAUGGGUCGGACGGCAUAGAAAGCUAUUUCUCAAUCCUCUGGCGUGUUCCUACGAACAAGAAGAACAAGACUUGGACGGAUGACGGUGUGCUCGCCGUUAGAGAUGGAUUUGCAACAUUGUAUACCAAGUCCGGAAAGAGCAUCGGCCGCACUUCCUUCUCGGCUCCUUUGCUGCCCGAGUCAACCCUGACCAUCAAUGGAAAGGAUGUCGAGGUCCAAUCCCAAAUCAGCAAGAAUGCCUUCCUGGAGAUCAUUGGCUCCAAAUCCAAGCCUGCGAACCUCGAACACAAAACCGCAUCUAACCCUGUAUCCGCGGAAAUUUCCGAAACCCAACAAACAAAGCCAAGCAUACAGAGUCAGAUGAAAGCUCAAAUGCAGAAAGAGAAGAUGCAGGCCAAGAAGCGACAUCCUUCAUUGGUCAGCCGUGUCGGUGCAUUUAAACAGCCGUUAAAGGAGCCAACUAUCCUUCCGCAAGGCCUGGGUGAAUCGCCGACCCCGCGGCAUGACCCUCACGCAGACGGGGCACUGGUUUUCAAGAGACCCAGAAGCCCACCUGAAGGUCGACAAAUCGUGGACGUGGUUUUAGACCCUUUUAUUGGCAAAAAAUUGCGGCCACACCAGCAAGAGGGGGUACAGUUUCUCUAUGAGUGCGUAAUGGGGCUGCGUGAUUUCGACGGCCAUGGAUGCAUCCUGGCAGACGACAUGGGGCUUGGCAAGACGUUGACCACGAUCGCUCUCCUAUGGACUUUGUUGCGGCAAAAUCCAGUCUUCAGGGAGCCACCUGUGAUCAAGAAAGCUCUCAUUGUCUGCCCUGUAUCCCUCAUCCGGAAUUGGAAGCGAGAAUUUAGGAAAUGGCUCGGCUCCGACCGGUUGGGGGUACUCGAGUUCGAAGAUCAACAGACUCGUCUUAGUAGUUUCGAUGGGAAAGUCUUUCAGGUUAUGAUCAUUGGCUAUGAAAGAUUGAGGACAGUCGCCGAUGAUCUGGCUAAGGGACAGCCGAUCGAUAUUGUCAUCUGUGAUGAAGGCCAUCGUCUUAAGACCAUGAAGAACAAAGCCGCUCAAGCUAUUGAGUCGCUAAACACGAGGCGGAGGAUCAUUCUGUCGGGUACUCCCAUACAGAACGACCUGGGCGAGUUCUUUGCCAUGGUCAAUUUCGUGAACGAUGGGUGUCUGGGAUCUCAAAAAGGCUUUAGCAGAGACUUUGAGAAGCCUAUUGUGAAAAGCCGUCAACCGGAUGCUUUACCGGCGGAAGUUGAGCGCGGACAAGAUGCCAGCGAGGAACUGAAUCGCGCCACGUCGGCCUUCAUCCUACGACGAACAGCGGACAUUUUGGCAGACUUCUUACCCCCGAAAACGGAAUAUGUCCUCUUUUGCAAACCGACACCAGCCCAGGCCAAGAUCUACCGGAAUGUUGUUCGUUCACCCAUGUUCCAUAGUGCGUUGCGCAGCCAGGAAACGGCGUUUCAGCUGAUCACCAUUUUGAAGAAACUCUGCAACAGCCCAGCGUUGAUGGACCCCAAUCAUGGCAACGAUGAGUCGAUCCCUUCGUCGUCACUUGUCACCCUAAACGAAAUGCUUCCCGAUGGAUUGUCACGGCUGUAUCAAAAUUCCGUGUCUUGUAAGAUCCGUCUUCUCGAUCAACUCCUCCAACAAAUUCGCACCACUACUGAUGAAAAAGUCGUGGUCAUUUCCAACUACACCUCUACGCUCAACCUCAUCCAGCAACUGGCAGCAAACUCCAACUUGUCCUCUCUUCGGCUUGAUGGCUCGGUCGCCGCGAAAAAGAGACAAGCCCUGGUGGACAAGUUUAACCGCUCAACGCCCGCCCAGUGCUUCCUGUUUCUUCUGAGUGCGAAGGCAGGGGGCGUCGGACUCAACUUGAUUGGGGCAAGUCGCCUGGUCCUUUUCGAUGUGGACUGGAAUCCCGCGACGGAUGAUCAAGCAAUCGCGCGCAUCCAUCGACAAGGCCAGAAGAGACACUGUAAGAUCUACAGAUUUCUCAUCAAAGGUGGCUUGGAAGAGCGUAUCUGGCAAAGGCAGCUCGUCAAGCGAGCGCUAGCGGACAGCAUCAUGCAAGGCGGAUCGCACAUGGUAUCAUCCGCUUCAAAUGAGCCGACAAGAGCCCAAGGGGGCACUUCAAGUUUCAGUCAAGAAGAGUUGAAGGAUCUGUUUCGCUUAGACGAGGGUGAGGGACUCCGAACCCAUGACUUGAUCGACUGUGGAUGUGAAGGGGCGGGGCGGGAGGACAAUUUCCAGGACGAAGGUGAUGGCGCACAACAGACUCUUCGAUCCGUUAGUGAGAAUCACAAAGAAGGGUCUGACAACGAGGAGCUGGAAACCGUCACUCCAAAGACAAGCCUGACGUCGACAAAGUAUUCAGCCAGCUCGUGGACUACAGCAAAGCACGCUUUGAGCAACGACACGCCACCACUCGCGACAGAACUCGAGGCAGAGAAGCACCAACUGAUGCAAUACAGGCACGUGGACACUUCGAUGCUGAGCCAGAAACAUGCAGAUUCGGAGCUGAGGAGCCAGAUCAUGUCGGCUAUUGAUGAUAGCUGUCUUGAGUAUCUGGUCAACCUUGACCAGGAAAUGAUUGGAGGUGGUGGGAUUUCGUACAUAUUCAAGAAGACCAAAGGCAGCCAGCGUCUCUAA